AUGGCUCGGGUCAGCCGCUUUCGCUUCUUGGCGAUUGCCGUCGUCUUCCACCUUGUCUACAUCUACUCGAUCUUUGACAUUUACUUCGUCAGCCCCAUAGUGAGCGGCAUGGAUCUGUUCAGCAUCAAGAGGCCAGAAGGAGCAAAGGCCCCAGCCGACAGGCUUGUCCUCUUUGUUGGCGACGGGCUACGAGCCGACAAGGCCUUUCAAUCCUUCCCCGACCCGUACCCAAAGACAGAGGAGGAUCUUGUUCCGCGACCACUGGCACCCUACCUGCGCAGCAGGAUACAACAGCAUGGCACGUUCGGCGUGUCCCAUACCCGAGUCCCCACAGAGUCUCGACCGGGCCACGUUGCGCUCAUCGCCGGUUUAUACGAAGAUGUCUCUGCGGUCGCCACUGGCUGGAAGCUCAACCCCGUCAACUUUGACAGCGUUUUCAACCGCAGCCGUCAUACCUGGAGCUGGGGCAGCCCCGACAUUCUGCCCAUGUUCGAGCAAGGAGCCACGCCUGGCAAGAUCGACGCAUACUGUUACCCUCCAGAGUUUGAGGACUUUUCACAGGACGCCCUUCACCUUGACCACUGGGUCUUUGACCACGUGAAGGAUAUGUUUGCCGACGCCGCGACGAACAAGUCGCUGAACAGUGCCUUGCGACAGGACAAGAACGUCUUCUUCUUGCAUCUCCUCGGUCUCGACACGACGGGCCAUUCCUUCCGGCCGUACUCCAAGGAAUACCUGCAUAAUAUCCAGGUCGUGGACCAGGGUGUCAAAGAAGUGGUCGAGACGAUCCAGAACUUUUAUAAUGACGACAGGACCGCCUUUGUCUUUACUGCCGACCACGGGAUGAAUGAUCUGGGCAGCCACGGUGAUGGGCAUCCUGACAAUACGAGAACUCCGCUCAUCGCCUGGGGCUCUGGUGUCGCCAAGCCGUCUGUGUUUCCGACCACUGUUGCUCCCGGCCAUGACGAGUAUUCUUCUGAUUGGGGUUUGGAUGAUAUCCAGCGGCAUGAUGUCGCUCAAGCUGACGUUGCGGCGCUGAUGGCCUACCUCGUCGGUGUCGAGUACCCCGCCAAUUCCGUGGGCGAGCUCCCGCUCUCCUUCUUGGCGGCGGACAUCAAAGAAAAGGCAGAAGCGUCGUUCGUCAACGCGCAAGAAAUUCUCGAGAUGUACAGAGUCAAGGAGGCUGGCAAGAAGGCCAAGGAGCUCAGGUUUCGCGAAUAUAGCCCCCUCUCCGAAUCAGCAGGUGUCACUGCGUCCGCCCGGCUGGCUGCGAUCAGGAAGCUCAUCGACGAUGGACACUUUGAGGAAGCAAUUGAGGAGACUGCUGUGCUGAUGAAGAUUGGCCUGCAAGGCAUGCGAUAUCUGCAGACCUACGACUGGCUGUUCCUUCGCGCGCUCAUCACCAUUGGGUAUCUUGGCUGGAUUGCUUACGCCGCCACCACGGUUAUAGACCUGCAUGUUAUUCAGGGCGCCGCACAAACAUCGCGCUCGAUUGGGUCUCUGCUCGCCUUCUCGUCCAUCCUGGUCGCCCUCUACGCCUCGUUUGUGAUCUCCCAGUCACCCCCUACCUAUUACGCGUAUGCCUUUUUCCCUGUCUUCUUCUGGGAAGCAGUAUACGCUCGGAGGGAGAGCUUGGUCAGGGGCUGCCGGGUCUUGUUCGCCCAUGUCAAGACUAGCAGCAACGUCAUGUCUAUUAUGAUCAACACCAUCGCAUACAUAGCGGUCAUCCAGUCUCUGGCUUUUGGCUACAUCUACCGCGAGAUUCUGACUGGUCUCUAUGUGAUGGGCGCGCUGUUCCCAGUAUUCCUGGGAAUGUCGUUCCUGAGAAAGCAUGCCGCGUUGGCCGCUACUUGGAUAGCCUCGUGCUUGCUUAUGAGCUCUUUCACACUCCUGUCGCCAAUGAAGGUCGAGAACGUCCCUAUGAUCGUCGGCGGAGGCGCUCUCAUGGUCCUUGUGGGCCUUGUUUACCUCAUAUUUGAAGACAAGAUCCUGACCGACCCCUCGCUUGAGCCUAAGGCCCAUGUCCCACGCAACAACCACAUCUCAAGAGGUCUGAUUGGUGUACAGACUGGCCUGAUUGCCUUGUCCAUUAUCGUGACACGGUCGAGCGCCUUGUCGCUGGCUGCGAAACAGGGCCUUCCACGCGGCAACCAGGUUGUUGGCUGGAUCAUCCUGGUGACAUCGUUCCUCAUGCCGCUGGCACACCGUCUGCAGCCCAACACACACUACCUGCACCGGCUCCUGGCCAUCUUCCUCACCUGCGCCCCAACAUUUGUCAUCUUGACGAUCUCCUAUGAGGGCUUCUUUUACGUCGUCUUCUCCCUGACUUUGAUCACCUGGGUGCGGCUUGAGCACCACAGCAACGCAUUUGCGAGAGAAGCACAGCAGAAGGACAUCGACAGUGCGGCAGGACCUGCGGCGGCAGUAGCCGACGUGGUCGUGUCUCAGUUCAGGCCACUCACGCUUUCUGAUGCCCGCAUCGCCCUUUUCUUCUUUGUCCUCUUGCAGUCGGCAUUUUUCAGCACGGGCAACAUUGCUUCAGUCUCGGGGUUCAGCUUGGAGAGCGUGACGCGGCUCAUCCCCAUCUUUGAGCCGUUCUCGCAGACGGCGCUGAUGCUGUUCAAGAUUAUGGUGCCGUUCGCGCUGAUCUCGGCCAACCUGGGCAUCCUCAACAUGCGCCUGGGUGUGGCGCCGUCGGCGCUCUUCAUGGUCGCCAUGGCCAUGAGUGACGUGCUGACAUUGUACUUUUUCUGGGUGGUCAAGGACGAAGGCUCGUGGCUCGAGAUUGGCUCGACGAUCACGCACUUCAUCAUUGCCAGCAUGCUCUGUGUCUUUGUCGCUGGGCUUGAAGGGGUUAGUGCCUUGUUCAUUGCCGGCGUCGAGGUUGACAGGGGAACCGCCGCUACUGGCACGGAGAAGAAGGCCGUAAGUGGGAACGGCGUGAGCAUGCCUGUGGACGAUUCGAGUGCGAGGUCAGGUGACAGCGCGACACCGCAAGCGACGACGGGGUAA